UUAAAAACUAAAAAGUGAAAACCACCUUCUUCUCUCUCUGUAAAAACAACACUCGGUACUUUUGUUCGUCACUGACGUUACCCGCGUCAUGACGAGCUUCCACACGAUUUUCUCACUUUUCUCUCACUCGAUGCUGCUUUUCUGAGCUUCACCUUCAAAUUUCUCUUCAAUUACAUCAUAAUUUCAAAAGAAUUCCACAUCUGUAGCUCCUCGAAACAGAAUUUAGGGUUUUUUUUUUCAUUUCAGUGGAGAAGAUCACAGCAAUGGCUACUGUUUCUUCUCCAUGGAUUCCUGAGGAUGACUUACUGCUCAAGAAUUCGAUUGAGGCUGGAGCAUCUCUCGAAGCACUUGCUAAAGGGGCAGUAAACUUUUCACACAGAUAUACGCUUCGUGAAAUUCGAGAUCGGUGGUAUUCUCUUCUUUACGAUCCUGAUGUUUCCACUCAAGCUUCUGCCCGCAUGGCAGAACUUGAAUUAUCCGGUUCUAAUCCAACAUCAAAAUUUAGAUUAGACAGUUUAAAAGGAAGUGAAAAAGUCCACGAUAAAAGAAAAACCGGAAGCAUCCGCCGGCAUUAUCACGCCAUGCGUAAAAGACUAAAAAAUGAACUUUUUAGCUCUCAAAAUCUCGGGUUUUUUGAAGAACGCAAUCAUCAUAACUACAACCACCAAGGGCACAAAUUUCAAGAUACAACUCAUGGUGGUGAUGCCAUGCUGGAUGAUUGUCUUGCAAAUAAUUUAGGGUUUGAGGAAAAAGAUUUCGAGAUCUUGCGCCGGGCGUUUCCGGAAUCGUUAACAAGCAUUUCUACUACCGCUACUACUACUACCGCUAUUGUUGAAAAUCCAGCUGAUGCCUUUCAUAAAUCAGUUCAAACUGAUUUUAUAAAUGGUUCUAUAAACGUUCCCACUUCACGAAAUGAAUUGAUGGUAAAAAGUGCCACCUGUAUUGAUGAGUCGGGUCCGUCGGGUCCAUCUGAAACUCUUCCCAACGAAAAACAAACGAAAAAUGAUAAAUCGGUAUUUGGCGGGAAACAAUAUUUUAACUCCCCUAUUUCAGACGGCAGUGCUUCGUUUCACACAAUGGGUGGAUUUUCAUCCCCUUCAACUAGACAGCCGAUUUGGAAAACAAUGGAAGAUAUUUCCGCACCUGAUAUGCCAGUUGACGAUAACAAUGCAGAAAGUCAUCAGGUUACGAAAGAAACAUCAGGGUGUGAUGGGCCCCACCAAGUUUCCCUUUUGGGAGACAGCGAGUUAAUCGGUUCUAUUGGCGUUCAGGAGGGUGAAUAUACUGAUUUACCGGAAUCUCUUCUCAACUUCUCGAACGAGGAUGAUAUUCUUUUCAUGGAUGUUGAUGCAAAAGAUACAGUAGAUGAAGAUGUACAAGAAGUUGAUUUACCCGAUGCUGCCACAUCAUCAGUUGCAAGUCCUAACGUAGAAAUUCCCGGUAAUCAAUGUCCGGAAGAUUUAAAAGAUUCCGCAUUUCAGAAUAAUCAGCAUGAUGUUUGUCAUCAGGAGCUUACGGAAGGGCAAAUUAUCUGCACAUUAAACAGAGAAGAUCCGGAUAUACCAUGCAACGAUGAUAUAUUCUUACUGAUUCACCCGUCUACUCAGUUUGCUCCUUCGGUUGGACUGCAGAUUGCGACGGAUUCUAUAGGUCCGUUAUCCUCGUCAUCACAUGAGAAAGACGGUGAACAGGGGCCGAUUACAGUAAGAAAAGGGAAAGAUCCCGCACCAAGUUUCUCACGGUCACUUACAGGUGGACCAACUGCAUUACCUGCUUUCAAACGUGAGUCUCCUGAUGGCGAAUACGUGGGCCCGCUUCCCGGAAAGCCUAACAACCUUAGAAUUCCUAGUCAAACUAGGUCCGUGCAUACACCUCUAGUGAUUGGUGGGAAUGGAAUACUGGAGGAAAAUGCUAGUAAAGUUGAACCUCAGGAUUUAGGUAGCCCAGCAAUGUACAACGAGAUGCCAUUACCGUUAGAAGCUGGUACUAUCAAAAUGAUUGAUCCAGAAUCAAUGGGUGAUUCUUUUAUUAACGAUAACAACUCUGAUAGUGAUGGUGACAUACCUUACUUUUCUGAUGUUGAGGCUAUGAUACUCGAAAUGGACUUGGCCCAUGGUCCGGAAUCAUCCUUCACAAGUGAAGUUGCAAGGUAUCAGUUUGAGGACGCUAAAAAGAUGAUCAUGAGGCUCGAACAGGCGGCUCGUUCUUCUUUCCAAAGAGCCAUGUCAUCUCAAGGAGCCCUUGCCAUCUUUUACGGCCGCCGCUUGAAGCAAUAUAUCAAGAAAUCUGAGGUCACAAUUGGCAGAUCGACAGACGACACCGAGGUUGAUAUUGAUCUAAGAAAAGAAGGUCGUGCCAACAAGAUAUCCAGGCGGCAGGCUAUCAUAAAGAUGGAUACAGAUGGAUCAUUCAGUCUCAAAAAUCUUGGGGCGAGUUCGAUCUCGAUUAAUGGCAAAACAGUUGCUCAUGGACAGCUGGUUGCACUUGCUUCAAGUUGUUUAAUUGAGAUACGGGGGAUGAGUUUUGUGUUUGAGAUCAAUGACAAGUAUGUGAGGCGGUUGUUGGAUAACCAGACAAACUAAAGUGUAGCCGAGUGGAUGACUUCACCAGUAUGAGAGGAAGAACAUCCAUUUUAAAUAUGUCCUUUCCCUGACCCUAUAAUUAUGUACUCAUGUCAAUCCUUGUAAUGUUCCUUAGUAUAUUUAUACCAUAUGCUCCCCCAUAAAUAUGCAAUUGUGUAGAUAUGUAAUAUAUAUCAUAAUCUGUAAACAUGGUUGCUGCAAUUCAUUUAGUCUUGGGGACAUAUUGACUUUCUUCUUCA